AUGCCACCAGCAGGGCGCAAAGGAACUGAGAACCAAAAAACCGGCAUUGAGGUUCCCGAUACUGGAAUUCGAGAUGAGAAUGGCCUGGAACCAAUGGAUCACUUGUUCUCCUCCCCUGAGAAAGAGAAAGAAGCCACGGCGCGGAAAGCAAACGGUGCCCGCAACAUGAACGCCACGAUAUCGAGCGAAGAAGAUAUGGAUGUGGACGAGAGCACCAUCCCCGAACCCAACGAUGUCCUCACCGAGAGACAACGAGCAAGUGGUCGACUGCCUCCCCUGCGUGCGAACUCCCCUAUAAAGACAUACUUGAAGUCCCCGGCGCGAAGGAAUCAAUCCCUCGGCCCGGUAUCCUCCCCCAUCAGGGGAUCGAUCGUCGAAUCUAGGGCAGCUGCCAAUUUAGCAGCGCCGGUCAGGAGGAAGCUGGAUUUCUCGAACACUAGCUUUCAGAGUAACGGGAAUACGGAGAUGAUCGACGGGCUGUCAGAUAUGCGGGCAGCUUCUGAGCUCCCGGCGAGAAACUCGAAGCUUACCAACGGCAAACUCUUGACGCCUUUCCAACCAGCCUUUUCUGAUGUUGGAACCGACGAGCAUGAAAAAACUGUGCUGGAAGAUUCUGGGUUUGUUAAUGAGGACUCCUUCCAGAUGGUCAAUGGCGGAGGCGAUGAUGCUGUGGAGGAAGAGCGGGAAGAAAGCCAGGAACCCGAGCCUACACCAGAACCUCCAACGAAAUCGAAGGGUAAAGAGAAAGCUACAGAAGAAGUCUCUGCACCUGCAGAGAGGAGAGGUCGACCGAAAAAGGUCCUCCAGUCAGUCGAACUUCCGACGAAAUCUAAGGGCAAAGCGAAAGCUACAGAAGAAGUCUCUGCACCUGCAGAGAAAAGAGGUAGACCAAAAAAGGCCCCUCAACCAGUCGAAGAGGAAAUUUUUGGGGAACCAGAGGCUGUACGACCCGCUAAACGAGGUCGAUUAUCCUUGGAUGAUUCUAAGCCUCAAAAGAAGAAAGGAGAUAGACCCCAGAAGGUAGCUGAGCCCGAGCCAGAACCAGAAUCAGAGCCCGAGAUCGAGGACGAAGCUCUCAAACCUCAGAGAAAGCGCGGUAGAUCCCAGAAAGUUACCGAGCCAGAGCCGCAAUCUGAAGUUGAGGGCGGACCAGAUGAACCGGAAGAAGAGCAAGGACCAGCCAAGAGAACUCGGCGCUCGCUUGAUGUUUCUGGAGCUAAAGCUGUCAAGGCUACGGGAAAACCCAAGAAGGCUACAGCCAGCGCGCCAACGAAGGAACCAAAGGGCAAGGAGAAGGCGGUGGAAGAGCCUACAUCAAAUACCUCAAAGUCUAAGGCAAAAGCUCCUAGUCGUAAACCUAAGCAGGCGACAGUUCCCGAGGUCGAAUCUCCCGCGAUUCAACGUGGUCCUCCUAUGCCAAGAAAUAAUCGCGGACUGUUUAUUCUUCGGCGAGAAACCCCAUUGGAAGGUGCUGGCUUCAAGCAGACACGCUCUGGUCGCAACUCGAUAAAGCCCCUUGCUUACUGGAAGAAUGAAAGAGUAGAGUGGGCGGAAGAUGAGGACGACGAUGGUCUUCAUAAUUUUGUAUUGCCUAGAAUCAAGGAGGUUGUUCGCGCUGAAGAGAUCAGCGAACCAAAACGCAAAGUUUCAAGGAGCAAGUCAAAGGCACCAAAACCAAGAUCAAAGACCACAGAGCCCGAAUCUGAUGAGGACGAGGAAGCCGAACCGUGGGAGAUGGAGCCUGGACGUAUAUAUGGCGAGGUCAAAAGUUGGGAUCCCGAGGACCCAAGUGGAGCUCAAGCUGAGGAGGUGCAAGAGGAAAUCGCUUUGUCUGCUGCGGCAAUCAUCACCCGCGACAUUCCGAGUUCCGGCUUCAAAUUCGCGAAGACACUUACGCUACCCUUCUUUGGGUCUGGAAUGGUUGAUCUACCGCCGAAGGCCAUGAAGAAGUCAAAGAAUUCUAGGAAGAUGCAGAUGGUGUUCUUCGUCUUCUCGGGGAGAGUUCAGGUUACUGUCAAUGAUAACAUCUUCAGUAUUGGAAAGGGUGGGAUGUGGCAAGUUCCCAGAGGCAACUUUUACAGUAUUGAGAACGAGCAUGAUAAACCAGCUAGAAUAUUCUUUUCGCAAGGGUGCGAGAUUACAGACGAUGCUGGGGCUGGAGAGAGCCAGUGA